UGUUAAUUUUUUUUAAAAAAAAAAAUUGCGAAGCCUGGAAACGAAGCGUUUAGAUUUAGAAGAACAGAAGAUGCAGCUUCGUCGAUCUUGCUUCUUCUUUCAUCAUUCGGCAUCGCGUUAGGGUUUGCAGAUUUUCAAUUUCCCUUCUUUUCGCUACGUUUCUUGCUUGGAAUCUCGCUAUUCCUCCGUUGUUCCGUUUCCGCAACUCAUCAUUUCGAAAGAUAUCGCUUCACAAGGAGGAAGAGCAUGUAAUAAAGGAAAAAAUGGAGGUGGAGGUGCCAAUCUCGCUUGAUUCGAAUAAUCAACUUCAGCCAGAGACUGUAGUUUCAGUUCAAAUUGGGGAUCCUGGUGUUUCCUUAUCUGUUGCAAAUGCUGUUAACCCGCAGCAACAAGCUACAAAAAAACCGACCAGGCAGUGGGCUGCGUGGACUCGACAAGAGGAGGAAAGUUUCUUCACCGCGUUACGACAAGUUGGGAAGAAUUUUGAGAAAAUCACUUCCCGUGUACAAAGUAAAAACAAGGAUCAGGUCAGGCAUUAUUACUACCGACUUGUGAGACGGAUGAACAAACUUCUUGGUCCAGGAUUAUGUUUGGAUGCCAAAAACUCUAAAGAUACUAAUGCUGCAAUGCUUCGCUGGUGGUCUUUAUUAGAAAAGUAUAGCUGCAAAGCCUCAAAGCUUCACCUGAAGCCCCGGAGAUUUAAAAUUUUUUUAGAAGCCUUGGAACACCAAUUAUUGAAGGACCGGAAGAAGAAUGUGAGGAAGCGACCCUUACAGGGGGGGAAUUGUCUUCCUUCUGCGCCUACCACAGUCUCAAAUCAAAGUAGAGCAUCAGGAAAUGAUGCCUAUGCAGUUAAACUGGUACUUGUUGACAGUCAAAAUAUUUUAAAAUUGGGACCUUCUAAACCAUCAACGAAGCGCAAUGUAAACAUGGGUGUUAACCGUAGUAACACUAAGGGAGAUUCAAAUACCAUGAAACCAACAAGGCAACGAAAGAAAUCUGGUACGAUUUCAACGGCUGCUUAUAGAAAAUGGGAGAAGGCUGCAAUUGCUGGUGUUUCUUUAGUUGCAGAUGCUGCUGAGCAUUUGGAGCGAGCUGCAACUGUUAAAGGAAUUGAACAAGACCAGGAGAAUCCAGGAGAAAAAUGUUCUGAUCCCGCUGAUUAUGUCCUGCCCUCUUUACCCACAUGUCCACAAAAUCAAUUUGUUGAUAACAAUGUGAACAAUAUUAUGAAACUUAAGCUCCAGUUAUUUCCAAUUGAUGAACCUACUCGAAGAGCAUUGGAAAUGGAUAAGCAUAAUCCACACCUGGAGCUUACACUUAGUACUCGAAAGAAGAUAUCAUCAAUUUUAGAACAUCUAAACCGUAAAUGGGGUAAUUCAAGCAUAGCAGCUGGAGAAGUAAUGCUUUUUCCUUAUGGUAUUCAAAGGGAAAACUUGGUUAAUUGUCCGAGAUGGACCCAGGAAUCUACUCUUAGUGCAGCAGAUAUAUAUGCAAUGAUUGGAAGUCCACCCAUCUUCCGUUUAAGGUAUGGCUGGUUCUCCAAUACUGAGCUUGGGUUAUUAAAUAUGCAAGUGCCUGUAGCAUCUGGCUCCAUGCUCAGACAAUACAAAAGUACUGUGGACAAUGCUAAGGAUCAGAUUGUGAAUUCAGUUUCAUUUCCUACACCAUUGACUAAUACUCAUUCCAUGGAGCUCUCUGAAGAUUGCAGAACAUCCAUGAACAGAAACCGUACUCUUAUCACUGCUUCAACUGAGGAAUCUCGUGAUCCUACAGCCAAUACACUGUGGCAUGGAAAAGAUGUUAGGGAUGGAGCUGUGUCUACACAGUUGGAAGACAUGGAUGAGUUGAAAAUAAGCAGUGGAGCAGGACUGUCAGCUGGAGAGUGGGCUGAUAGCCUUACCAACAUUAGUGUGGGGGAUCUACUUUCAGGAGUGUCCCAGGAUCUUGAUAACUGCAUCGAUCCUCCUAUUGCAGAGAAUUUUCAUGAUAUUCAGCAAAUUCCUUUUAGUAGUGAUUCUUUUGAUGCUGCUAUUGCUGCUCACAUAUCUAGACACCAAGACAGGAUGGGACAAUCAUCUCUGGCAUCCCAUAUGUCUUCCAUCUGGGAUGCCGAAGAAACUUGUGAUGCCUUUUUAUUUAAAAAAGAUCCUAUUCUUCACGAAGAUCAUCCUCGUUUAUCUCCAGUUGCUUCUUUAGAGUCUGAGAAAAAGGUUACCAAAAGAAGCUUUGACAAAUUGGACGAGCUGUCACCUGAAAGAGAGAGGCUUGUGGAUGAUUGUGCUCAAACAGACCCUAAUCCUAUGGACAGUUCCGAGUCUGAUGCAGAUAUCCAGGAGCAUUUAGGAAAGGAUUUUAGUGCGCUAGCAGAUAUGUAUUGGCCUGAUUCCUUGGGACCUUUGGAUUUGGAUAUAUCAUCAUCAACUAAAUACCAUAGCGAAGAUCUAAUUUUUAGUGAUAGUCUUAGUGGAUUGAAUCGCUUGAUAGCCAGCAGCCUGGAUGCAUUCCAGAAUUGUUCCUUUUUUGGGUUUGACAAGAAGGAAGCACCAUCAACAGUUGAGGCUCGAGAAUCUGCCGCCCUUUCAGAUUUUAAAAUUGGAAGUGGUAUCUGAGACUCGUCAUGAUCGGAUCUUGGUGAUGGUUUUCCAUUUCUUGCAUGAACACAAUUGAAGUUUGUUAAGAAUUAACAUUUUUCCUUAUACUGACUGGAGGUGUGCAUGCCAAAGAAUUGGAUUGAGCCACUUCCAACUCUUCCUGUAUAUGUUUCUCUAAUCUGCGUCUCUUUCCUUUUGUACAAAAAAAAAAAAAAGGAUCAUGGAAGAAUCGAUCUCCUGUAGAAAUAUUCCUAUUUUUAGGUGAACUAUAUCUUUUUUUAUUCUCUGCUUCGGAUGUUGUGUUUUAAGAAGACCGUCUUGCAACUCCGUGGCAUGGACUUGUUUUCUAAGCUAAUGGACCCCACCCCCCUCUCUUUCUAUCAUGCAAGCUAAAUAUCUGAUGGACAAAAACGUUCAGUUUUA